AUGUCUGGAAGAGGGAAAACCGGCGGAAAGGCGAGAGCCAAGGCUAAGACUCGCUCCUCCAGGGCAGGACUGCAGUUUCCAGUCGGCCGUGUCCACAGGCUGCUGCGGAAGGGAAACUAUGCCCAGCGUGUCGGCGCUGGAGCCCCGGUCUAUCUGGCCGCUGUGCUCGAGUACCUGACUGCUGAAAUCCUGGAGCUGGCCGGGAACGCCGCCCGGGACAACAAGAAAACCCGAAUCAUCCCGCGUCACCUGCAGCUCGCUGUGCGCAACGACGAGGAGCUCAACAAGCUGAUGGGAGGCGUGACCAUCGCUCAGGGCGGCGUGCUGCCCAACAUCCAGGCCGUGCUGCUGCCCAAGAAAACCGAGAAGCCCGCCAAGAGCAAGUAAACCAGCCUGACUGACCCGCGUUUAGACUUCACAAACCCAAAGGCUCUUUUCAGAGCCGCCCACCGCUUCACUAGAGAGCUAUAUUCAUUGAUUUCUUCACGCUGCUGAAGAUGAGUCCCUAUAAUGCAUUUACCUCCCUCGAAGUCGCUACAGAUAAAUAUUAUCUGUGAAUAUAUGCUUAUUGUUUAAAGUACACUCUAAUCGCCCAGUAACGGCGAUAUGGUGUGUCGUGAGUUUGUUUCACUGUGA